ACACUGUUAUAGAUACUCUUGGCAUUGAGUUAGAAUAGUGGAUUCGUACACACAUUGACUGAUGAUCAGCAUCCACACUUCUUGUUACUGAAAUGGCAUCAAAGCUUUUGAUUGUUAUUGGAGUUUUAGAUGACGAAGAUCAUAUUAAACAAGUUGUGAAGAACAUUGAACUUGGUAUUGAAAAAUGGAUGAGCGAUAUGUCACUAGAUGAACACGAUGAGAUGAUACAUGUGUUGAAUAACAUACCAUCAAUGAAAAGUAUUCCAAAUAGGCACGCAGAAGCUGGAACAGUUAUCUCUAGGUACAGUGGGAGAAUAUUGGACACUACCGUAUUGAUCAGUCCCACUAGUGAAAAUCUUCAUUACGAAAUCGUUGACCUUUUUCUCACUGCUACUCCUCGUUGUCUCAUUGCUUAUAGUGGAUUCAUCACUGAAGGUAGUGGUGAUUGGGUACUUCAAGACGGGAUCUUUUCGUUCAACAACUUCAACCAAAUUUUGACAGAUUCCAAAGUGAUUGCGGCAUUAUCCGAACAUAACUCUAAGAUCACAAUCAGUUGUGCUAAGUUAGGCUUGUGGGCAGAUAUAGACGGAGAAAGCAAGUCUGUUUUGACGCCAAUACCUGGUUCAAAAAUAUAUCUCAGAGUUAUGGAUCUCCAAGUUUCACAGAUGAAUGGUGGAGGUGAUCACCAAGCUGAUGUAAGAAAACAAGGUGGCGACAUUGAAGAAUUUUCUUCUUUUUUGGAAGAAGGAAUCGGCAAUGAGAUUGGAGGUAUAUUCAACACAUUGAAGCCACCACUUCAAGAAGGAUUUCUCAAAAUUCGCAACCCGUGUCUCUACAUAUUUCCUGGUGGAAAUGGCGAUUCAGCUUUCUUUGCUGUCAAUGGAUUCAAUAUGCUUGUUAACAGUGGUGCUUGUACUAAACCGUGGUUUUGGAAGUUAAUUCAGCAUGUUGAUCGAGUUGAUAGUAUUCUCGCUACGCAUCUCGGAUCUGAUAAUCUUCCUGGAUUGAAUAGUUUGUUGCUCAGAAAAUUACAAGAACGCCAAGUUAAACUUCCUAUGGAUAACACAUCACCUGAAUAUCAAGAACUUCGCCGUUGCCUCAUAUCUCCUGAUUUGGGACAACUUUUUAUCAAUGCUCCAGCAAAAUUCUUGGAAACAAUCAGUAAGAGUGGUUCAUUAAGUCAAUCUCCAAAAGCAAAUGGAAAAAUGGGUGGAGCAUCACCAUUACAUGAUACAGAUGAAAAUGUUUCAAGUCAUCCUGUACAGAAAACUGUUGAUAUUGUUAAAGAUACACUGCGACUAGCAAAGGCUCUGCAUAUGGAAAUGGUUCCACUUGUUCGUAAACCAGGUAAUCCUGAGCCGAUCACCCUUUUUUCAAAAGUCGGUCUUGGUCGAUUGGAAAUGUAUGUUAUCAGUCCCGCAGAAAACAGCAAAGAACUUGCUUAUGUUAAUGAGAAAUGGGGUUGCAAUGGAAAAACAACAACUCCAACUGGCAAAACAGGAGUGCUUAACGGUACUGGAGGUGAAGGAGACUCAUCCGUGACCAAUCUAUCAUCGAUAUGUUGUUUGUUAGUGUGGCAUCCUUAUAAUCCUAAUGAAAAAAUUGUCAGAGUUCUUUUUCCUGGAAACGCUAGUCAGACCAAGAUAUUUGAAGGUCUUGAAACAAUGAAGAAUCUACCGUUUUUGAAGACACAGUUUGCUACAAAAAAUUCAUUGAAUAAACAGAAAGCACCUGCAAAAUCAAAUGGAACACAUACUAAUACACAAAGAGCGACCAGUGCUACUAGUGCAAUGAAAAAGCCUGCUCCUGCUCCUAAAAAAGUUACGCCACCUGUCAAAAAAGAAGCAGUUUCUAAUAAAGUUGCUGAAAAGAAAGCAAGACCUGAAAGACCGACAACAACAAGAACAAAACCUGCACCUGCUGCUUCAAAAGCAUCUACAACUGCUUCAAAAACUACCACAGUCAGAGAUAAAGUUCCCACAAAAACACUGAAGAUUGAUUCUACUGCUGCUUCAUCCAGUAAACCUUCCUCUGCAACUAGCGUUAAAAAAGGCACAACAUCUCGCGCUGGAGCUUCUACUGUUCAGUCUAAAUCUGAUUCCAAGCGCCCAACUUCAUCAACUGCUGCAACUUCAAGAUCUGCUACAAGUAGCAAGACUAAAUCUCAACCAACGACCCAGAAAACACAAGAAAAGCCCAAAAAGUCGCAAACUUUGACACCAUCAAAACAAAAAGUUGAUAGUCAAAAAUCAUCUGCGAGAAGCACUCCGAAAAAAUUGUCUAAACCGGCACCUACAGCGGCUAAGAAAGGCAUCGCAAAGGGUAGCGCUGAAAAACCACAGAAACCUGAAAAGCUAGCUACCAAGAAAGUUGCUGUCACACCACCAGAAGAUCUAACACCAGAAUUUUCAAAUAUACAAACUGGUGAUGCAAUUCCACCUACAGCAAAACCAGCAGAAUUACUGAGCACUGGUAGUGAGGAACCAACGAGUAGUGUUCUGUCGGGACGGCACUCACCGGAAGGGGAAGAUGGAUCAACAGUACAAUAUGCAGAAUCUCCAACAGUUCAACAAAAUGGAGAAGAAAAGGAAAAAGCUGAAAUUGGAAAUGAAAAUGUUAUUAUUCAUCCUCCAACUCAAGAACAAGAAGACACUGGUUUUGUCAUCAUGAAUAAGCCUGAAAUCUCGGAAGAGAGUGAUUUUAUCUCAGAUAACGGAAGUUUAGCUGGAGCUCAUGCAACCGCAAAAACCAUUACGGAUGAAAAUCUGUUACAAGCGAAUAAUGAUGAUCUCAUUUCUUCUGAUAAAUCAACUACACCUGAAGAUCCUGUAGUGGAACAUGAAAAAGCGAUCGCCUUCGUAGAUCCUGGUGAGGGAGCUGAUGCUUCACAUAAACCAGUGAUAAGAACACCAACACCUUUUCAUUCUUUGCAAGAGUCAUCUGGAGAGACCAAUGAAAAUUCACCAAUAUCUGAAUCUGAAGGCACUGCUGGUGGAGAAGUUGAUAUCAAGAAAGAUUCCGCAUUAGAAGAAGAAGUAGAUCAUCAGGAUGAAGCAGUUAUACAAUGGUCAGAUGGAAAUUUACAGAUCGAGGAAGAUGAUUCUCCUUUGGACACGGCCGAUGAAAAAGAGGAUUCAAACGAGAAGGAAUCACCAGAAGGUCAGGAUGAUAUUGCACAAAGUGAAACUGCUAUUCCUGCUACUACUGAGAAUGUCAAUGCAUUGGAUCCUGCAAAAGAUGUUGGGAGUGAAGUUCAUUCGUCAUUCAAUUCGUCAUUAGAAGGUUCAUACGAGCUUUAUCACACUGGUCGCUCUCCACCACCACCAAGUGACAGACAGGAAACUAUUGCAGAAACCAUUUCUGAUUUCAAAGAUGAUGGAAAUUUUCAAACUAAGGAUUUCGAAGAUCAAAGUGCAUGCUUGGACACUCAGCCACAACAGACUGACCUGCUCGAAGAUCCUACAAUGUCAAUGGAAGCUCCUGAUCUUCGGUUCAGCAUGAGUACAACAUCCACAGGAUCUCAGUUUGCAAGAAUGGAUCCACCAUUUUCGUCAAGUGAUGCUGGCCCAGCGGUUGCCGACGAACCAGCUCCUGUAACACAGCAGCAGUUAGAACCAGCUCCUGGGAUUUCCCCAAAGUUGAUGAUGACUUCUCCUCGAACAGAAGAUGAUAUUUCAUCAUUAUGUGGUGUGGGUGCAGAUGUUUCCACUGAUGCUACCAUACCCAACUCAAAUCUACUAAUAUCUUCUUCUGCUCAGCAAAUUUUUGUUGAACCAGAAUCUAAUCAGAGUAGAUUUGCUGAAGAUGACGACAAUUGUGUCGAGAAAAUUGACAUUGAAGAUUUUCCAGCUCAGUCUAAUAUUGAGAAGGAUGAGGGAGAUCUGAGUGAAGAAAACCAGAUUACUGAGGAGGCCGAUAAUCAAGAGGACGAAGAAAUGAUUGCUGAUGCUCCAAAUAAAGAAGUAAUUGGUGGAGCACAUGAAGAAGAAACUGAUCCAAAGACUUUUGAUGAAAAUCAACUUGAAGCAUCAGGUCUCAUCCGGAGACCUGAUGAAAUUUUCGUAUAUGAUGAGGACCGACAAGAACAACGCCAGGAAGAAAUUGGAUAUCUUCAUUCCAAUCAAAAUGAAGAUAAAGCAGAUUGGACAGGAGAGGGAGUAGAGGGCUACGAUAUUCAAGAAACUGGAGGCAAUGAUGAAAUGAAAGUUGCAGAUGCUGUCCAACCUGGCACAGAUGUUGAUUUCAAAGAAGAUGUUCAGGCUCAUUUGAAAGAUAUUGACAAUCAGGAUCGAGCAGAGGAAGUGGCAACUGUACAAGAAAGCCAAGGAGAUCGACCCAAUAUGUUGUCUGCAGAAGCUGAUGGCUCUCUGGCUUCAUCGGCACAAGAUCAAGGUGAGCAAUAUUAUGAUGAAUAUUCGGAGGAAACUUCACUCACUGAAACAGGAGAAACACCUGAUGUUGAACAAUCGCCAGUUGAUUUCAAGUAUGAUGGUCCAAAUAUACAAGAUUAUGAAAAAGUUGAAGGAGAUGUUAUUUCCAAAUCUGAUCUUUCUUUGUCUUCUCCUGAAGAAAACUUUCCUCUUCAUGGAGGCACAUCUCCCGACCAAGAUUUAUUUGGCUUGAAUGGGAACGUUGAGAUACAGACUAAGGAUACUGAGGAAAAAGAAGAUCAAGAUUUAUUGAUGGGAACAGGACAAGACCAAGAUGAACAGCAAGUGACGCCAAUUCCUCGAUAUCAUCCUGCUUAUAUUGACCCGAUUGCUCCUCUAGCAGAUCCCGAAGAAAUUCAAUCUGACCAGCCAGCAGAACUUGGUUCGCCACUUGAUGCUAACGCUAAACCAUUUGUCCCAAAGAGUUCUGUGCCCAUUGACCAGUCACCUACUUGCGCAUCAGAAGCUCAAUUUGGCCAUGCUGAUGAUUUUGGAACAGCUGAAGGAUUUAAUGCGGCAUCUCCAACUUUAUCUGCAGGAAUGGCCAACAAUAAUCCAUUCUUGGUCGAUAUGAUGCAAAGUAAUCAGCCAGAUCCAUUUUCAGCAGAGGUGCCGUGCUUGCCACCAGUGAGAGGACCAGAUCCAUGUGCUGCACAAGAUAAUAAAAAUACAAAAGUUCACCCACGAAAAGCUAAUCCAGGUACUCAAGCGAAGAAACCAGCAUCUGGAUUCUCACCUAUUCAUGUUGAUUUAACGUAUGUUCCCAAUCAUGCAAAUAAAAACAGUGUUGGAAUUGAUUUCUUCAAAAAGAUAAGAUCAAAGUACUAUGUAGUCAGUGGUAAUGAUCAAACAAAAGAUGAACCAAGUACUGAAGUUUUGAAUCAUCUUCUAGAAGGAAAGAAAUCUUGGUUAAAUGAUGGUGCUUCUCAUUCCACUGAUUCCGAUGACAUAAAUGUUACUGUUAUUCCAACCCAUGAUACAACUGCAGUUAGAGAAUGGUACAAACAAAAUUUUAAAGAGUUGGAAUCAUGCAACAUUCAUAUGGUAGCAAGUGGAAGUAAAGUACUUGUACAAGUUGAAAGCAUUGAAGCUUGCAAAAUUGAGUUCUGAAGAGAAGAUUAUGAUUCUGAUAUGAACAAAUUCUCCUUCAUAAAGGAGUUCACAUGUAAAUACCAGCACAAUAUAUGUCUACCAUGAUGACGCUUAACAUUCAACUUCUCUUUCGUGAUUGUAUGUAAAAUAUAGCGUUAGAUCUUGAAUGGUUCAAUCAUGUUAUUUUCAAAAAUUUCGUCAACAUGAUAUCACAUCGGCAUCAACUUUAAAUCAAAAUGUCAACUUUGACCCUAUCUUACAGUACAUGUGUUAUUUUCAUUUGGUGAAUAUUUAAUUGUCGCAUUCAACAGUGUUUUACUUGACAAUUCUUUAGAAGUACUACGCUUCCAUUUGGUGCACGCUUUCUAUUUCUUAUAUACUUUUCAUUUGCUCGCUGCUUGAAUUUAUCAUCAUUUUUUUGUCACAUUUUCUCUGUAUAUUAUGAUCAUUUGCAGUAAAAACAACUAACUAGUGUUAACUUGUUACCUACCUAUACAGUUCUGACAGUUUUUCAUGAAUUGCAAUAAUGAGAAAAUGAGUAUAAUAUUUGAUGACUAUAAAUAACAACAAGGGCAUAAUUAUAAAUUUAGUUGUAGAUAUCACCCACUGAACAUCUUUUUUUUUGCUUUACAUGGAAAUAUGGCUCAGCCUCUAAUCAUAUAAUACGUAUCUGCAGUAUUUCUAUAUUGCUCUGCAUAAAAUGCUGUGCUGCAAUAGAACUCUGAAAUUGUUUAUUUAUUUUCAAUAAAAUGUAAUUCCAAACAAACCAUGUCAUUAUAUUUCAUUUUCAUAUUUUUCCUCCAGAAAUGUAUUUCACCUUUAUUCACUGUGCAUGCGUUUUUUUUUAUUUUGUCAUGUCAAGUUCCAACUGUUUCUUGUUGUUUUGUUCUACAGUGCGGUAUUUCUUCAAAAUUCCAAAUCUAUGUGAAAUUUUUUAAAGUUCACUUUAAUUUACUGAACUCUUCAUUUUAUUUAUUGAUGAACAUACAAUAUACGUAGGGUGGGUGAUUCGCUUUCUUGAGAACUUUUUAUGGCAUGCAGUCACCACUGGUGGACAGAUUUCCUUGAUGAAGUUUUUCAUUCUUUUCUACAUAUAAACGUCCCUAAACUAAAAUAAGAAGUAAUGUAACAAGUUAACAACGGAAUCUUUUUUAUAAGAAUUCUCAAAUAACUUGUAAAUUGCUGUAAUACAUGAAACCCCUGUGAUUGUUGAAUUGUGUACUUAGGUAGACUUGCUAAUAGUAAAAUUGUAUGUCCUGUUAAACAGACUUAGAAUAAUUGAUGUAUUGCAUGAAUUCAUCCACUUUGAAAAUCAUUAUAGAGCUACACAGCAUUGUAGCUAAUUGUAACGUAUUUAUAUGAAUCUUGAAUUGUCGUUCGUUGAUUUCAACUUGAUUUAUUGUACAGCAUUCGUUUAGCAAAUUUCUUGAAUUGGUGUUGGUAAGCUUUAUAAGGUUUGAGUAGGUUUAAUAAUAAAAUGCCUGGUUUUGAGAAUUGUAUUAUGAUUUAAGGAGAGAAGAUGGCUUGGUGUAUUUGUAUUUAUCUUUUGAACUGUGUAUAUUUCAUUUUUUAAAUGAGUUAUGUAUGAGCGUAAUUGUAUCAUUACUAAAUGGAUCAAUCAAAUAUAUGCUUUAAUGAAAAAUGAUCAACAGAAAAGGAAGAAGCUACGCUCAAUUGUAUGUAAUCAACUAACAUCAUGAUGCUGAUAGUGAAACGAAAUUCUACGUAAUAUUUAUGAAAGUAUCAUUUUGAAUGGUCCUAAACUAGUAUAAUAUCAUUUAAACUAACGCUGAAGGAUUCGAGUGACAUUGAAUGAACGAACAAUCGAAGCGAACAAUCCUGUAUAUAGCAUAGUAAUAUGUAGUUAUGUGUACUAUAUGCAUGAGCUUAAACGCGAAUGAAAUGUGUUUUAUUUUUAUUAUGGCUCCAAUGUUACUUUUAUAUAUCUUCAAUGCUCAACUGUCAACUUGGUUAUUGUUUAUGUUGUAACCUAUGUAGGAUUUCAAAUCCAUUGCUGUCUUAUGAUAUACAUUAGUCAUUGUACUUUGGUACAAAAUAGAUAUCAGCAACCCCCUCAGCAACAGCAAUAUAAAUACAAUUGCCAUUAUACAAUUUUUCUAUCUCUCCAUAGCAUUGACCAGAAUUGUACUAGCAUACAUUAUCUGCAUUGUAGUUGAUCAUCUAUUAAUUUUUUUGCUUGUGCAUGAUUUUUAAUUUGAUAAACACGCCUCACCAGCUAACGACGCCACCUUGAUUCUGCUGCGUGUAUAAUAAAAAAAAAUUAAUUAUA